GGCAUUCCCAUUCCCACCCGUCCAUCCAUCCUCCGAAGCUCCUCGGCAGACAAGCAGCAGCGAGAGAAAGCAAGCAAGGCAGAGGCAGUUGUGUUGCUGGUCGGUCCGUCCAUGGCGCCCAAGAGACCAGUGUCGGCGGCGGCGGCGGCGGAGCAGCCGAGGCUGCGCGGCGUGCGGAAGCGGCCGUGGGGCCGGUACGCGGCGGAGAUCCGCGACCCGGUGCGGAAGGCGCGCGUGUGGCUGGGCACCUUCGACACGCCGGAGCAGGCGGCGCGGGCGUACGACGCCGCCGCGCGCAAGCUCCGCGGGCCCGGCGCCGCCACCAACUACCCCGCCCCGGAGCCGACGGCGGAGGCGUUGGCGGAGGCUCCAGCGGCGAGCGGGAGCGGGAGCGCCGUGGUGUACGAGUCGUCGUCGGCGUCGGCGUCGGCGUCGUCGUGCUCCCUGCCGCUGGCGGCCCCGUCGCUGGACCUCAGCCUGGCGCUGCCGGCUGCGGCGGCGGCCGCAGAGCCGUACCAGCUGUUCGCGGACCCGGCGGCGGCGGCCGCCGUGACGCCGGCGCUGCUGCACUUCUUGCCGCCCAAGAGCGAGGAGCAGCAGAGCUACUCUGGGUCAUCGUCGCUGUCCUCGUCGUCGUCGUCUGUAGUGUUCGACGCGGCGCCGCCCGUGGGCCUGCGGCUGGACCUCAACCUGGCGCUGCCGCCGGCCGAGAUGGUGAUGUGAUUGCUGCCGUCCAGGAGGCUAAUCGAUUGCUCAGUUAAUUAGUCACCAUUAGUAGCUAAUCGAUCAAGGCAGCCGUCAGGCAGAGGUGUAAAUAGGAUGCAGAUUUGCUCGGUUUUCGUUGACUGUGAUGGCAUGGUUUGUUUCUUCGCUGCGAGUCACGCAACAAUGCAAAAGCAAAAUGAAAAGAGAGAGGGAGAGGGA